GUAUUUCGAGCAUGACGAGGAUGAUGGCAAGGGCGCAACUCCGCACUUGAUCAACUUGAUCGAUUCUCCCGGGCACGUGGAUUUCUCCUCGGAGGUGACGGCAGCUCUCCGAAUCACCGAUGGAGCAAUGGUAGUGGUCGACUGCAUUGAGGGUUGUGCCGUGCAGACAGAGACAGUGCUCCGUCAGGCGCUGCAGGAGCGUGUGCGCCCUUGCUUGUUCGUGAACAAGGUGGACCGUUGCAUCCUCGAGUUGCAGAUGGAAGCCGAGGACAUGUACUCCCGAUUCCGAAAUGCUAUUGAGAAUGUGAACGUGAUCAUCGCCACCUACAACGACGCGUUGAUGGGCGAUGUGCAGGUUACCCCCGAAAAGGGCACCGUAGCCUUCGGCAGUGGCCUCCACGGAUGGGGCUUCACCACUGAGCGUUUUGCAAAGAUCUACGCUCAGAAGAUGGGCAUGGACAAGGACAAGAUGAUGCAGCGCAUGUGGGGAGACUCCUUCUUCAAUGCCAAGAAGAAGGUGUGGACCAACGUCCAGCAGCCAGAAGGCUGCACUGAGCCUUUGCAGAGAGCCUUCUGCCAGUUCAUCAUGGGCCCGAUCAACCAGCUCAUGCGCGCCAUCAUGAACGAUGACAAGGAGAAGUAUGAGAAGAUGAUGGGCACUCUUGGCAUUGUGCUGAAGGGCGAUGAGAAGUCGCUCACCGGCAAGCCCUUGAUGAAGCGAACUAUGCAGAUCUGGAUCAACGCUGCGGAUACCCUGCUGGCGAUGAUUGUGACCAAGUUGCCAUCCCCACGCGCUGCCCAGAAGUACCGCGUGGAGAACUUGUACGAAGGACCCAUGGAUGAUGCGGCUGCUACUGGCAUCCGCAAUUGUGAUCCAAGCGGACCUCUGAUGAUGUAUGUGUCGAAGAUGGUGCCCACCUCAGACAAGGGCCGCUUCUACGCCUUCGGCCGCGUCUUCUCCGGAACCAUUGCCACGGGCCAGAAGGUGCGAAUUCAGGGCCCGUACUACAAGCCCGGUAGUAAGGAGGACCUGCAUGUGAAGAACAUCCAGCGAACCGUGCUGAUGAUGGGCCGCACGACAGAGCAGAUCCAGGAUGUUCCUUGCGGGAACACCGUGGCGCUGGUCGGCGUUGACCAGUACAUCUUGAAAUCUGGUACCAUCACCACCGUGGAGGAUGCCCACAACAUCGCAGACAUGAAGUACAGCGUGUCUCCCGUCGUGAAGGUCGCUGUGAAGGCCAAGGAUGGCAAGGACCUGCCCAAGCUGGUCGAGGGCCUGAA